GACAGAAUAUUAUAACGGGCCAUCAUUCAGCCCUCAUCUCAUUAGUUCUUCAUAGUUAUUUUAAUGUGUAACUUGAUUUCUUAGAAUGUAGCUGUCAAUGCUGUAUGAAGUGUCUAUAUGUAUGUGGUAAAGUGAAAGCAGACAGUAGAUGUCAGUAGAUGUCCGUUCUGGUUUGUGUUGAAAUGAAAGUUGCUGAAGUGUUUUAAAGGAGUUGAUCUCAUGGCUGGAUUAAUAAACCCGGAGAAACAUUCGAAAACUUAAAUCCAUCAUCGGAAUUGUAUUCAUGCAGAUCUCUUCAGCGAUAGCUGGAUAUGGCGUUGUGGAUUCAGGCUCAGCAGUUACAGGGGGAUGCCCUGCAUCAGAUGCAGUCCUUGUACGGGCAGCAUUUCCCCAUCGAGGUGCGGCACUAUCUGGCGCAGUGGCUGGAAGCUCAGCCGUGGGAUGCAUUAGACCUGGAGAACCAGCAAGAUGAAUUUAAAGCCAAGCGUCUGUUGGAUAGUCUGAUCCAGGAGUUACAGAGGAGGGCAGAACAUCAUAUGGGUGAAGAUGGCUUUCUUCUCAAGAUCAAACUGGGUCAUUAUGCUUCACAGUUGAAGAGCACAUAUGACCCAUGUCCUCUGGAGCUGGUACGCUGUGUCAAACACAUUCUCUACACUGAGCAGAGACUGGUGCAGGACGCAUCUAAUGCCAGCAGUCCAGGUGCCGGUCCAGUAGACGGAACCCCUCAGAGAUACCAGCAGAUCAAUCAGACGUUUGAAGAGCUUCGGGUCAUGAUGCAGGACUCAGAGAAUGAUCUGCGGAAACUGCAGCACAGUCAGGAAUAUUUCAUCAUCCAGUAUCAGGAGAGUCUGAGGAUACAGGCUCAAUUGAGUAGUUCAUCCAGCGCUGCUCCAGCCGAACGUGUUCAGAGAGAAACCAGUCUGCAGAGCAGAAAGUCCACGCUGGAGGCUUGGCUCACACGAGAGGCCAACACCUUACAGAAAUACAGACAGGAGCUGGCAGAGAAAUAUCAGAGGACUUUGACUCUGUUGAGGAAACAGCAGGCGCUGAUUGUGGAUGAUGAGCUGAUUCAGUGGAAGAGACGACAACAGCUUUCAGGGAAUGGAGGACCAGCAGAGGGAGGACUGGACAUGCUGCAAGCCUGGUGUGAGAAGCUGGCUGAUAUGAUCUGGCAGAACAGACAACAGAUUCGUAGAGUUGAACACCUGACACAGCAGCUGCCCAUACCUGGACCGACGGAAGAACUGCUUGCCGAACUCAACGCUAUCGUCACAGACAUCAUAUCCGCUCUCGUCACCAGCACCUUCAUCAUAGAGAAACAGCCUCCUCAAGUGCUCAAGACUCAGACCAAGUUUUCAGCAACGGUUCGCCUGCUGGUCGGAGGAAAACUCAACGUUCACAUGAAUCCUCCUCAGGUUAAAGCCACCAUCAUCAACGAACAGCAGGCCAAGGCCUUACUGAAGAACGAGAACACGCGCAACGACAGCAGUGGAGAGAUUCUGAACAACAACUGUGUGAUGGAGUAUCACCAAACAACAGGCACCCUGAGCGCCCACUUCAGAACCAUGUCUCUGAAGCGCAUUAAGCGUGCAGACCGGCGAGGGGCCGAAUCAGUGACAGAGGAGAAGUUCACAGUUCUAUUCGAGUCUCAGUUCAGCGUGGGUGGAAAUGAGCUGGUGUUUCAUGUCAAGACAUUAUCGCUGCCUGUCGUGGUUAUCGUUCAUGGUAGUCAAGACAACAACGCCACGGCGACAGUGCUCUGGGACAACGCUUUCUCUGAGCCAGGUCGAGUGCCGUUCGUGGUCCCUGAUAAGAUUGUGUGGCCACAGCUUUGCGAGGCUUUGAACAUGAAGUAUAAAUCUGAGGUUCAGAGUGACAGAGGUCUGUCAGAAGAUAAUCUGGUGUUUCUCGCUCAGAAGGCCUUCAGCAGCUCCAGUAACAAUCCUGAGGAGUAUCGCAACAUGACCAUCACCUGGUCUCAGUUCAACAGGGAAAGUUUACCAGGCAGAAAUUUCACAUUUUGGCAGUGGUUUGAUGGAGUGAUUGAGCUCAUGAAGAAACAUCUGAAGUCUCACUGGAAUGAUGGAGCGAUUUUGGGUUUCCUCAACAAGCAGCAGGCUCAGGAUAUGUUGAUGUCCAAACCCAAUGGCACAUUUCUCUUGCGCUUCAGCGACUCGGAGAUCGGAGGGAUCACUAUUGCCUGGGUUGCAGAGAACCCCAAUAAAUCAGGAGAACGGAUGGUGUGGAACCUCAUGCCUUUCACUACUAGAGAUUUCUCCAUCCGGUCUCUGGCUGAUCGCAUCAGUGAUCUGAACCAUCUCCUCUUUCUCUACCCCAACCAGCCUAAAGAUGAAGUCUUCUCGCGCUACUGCACGCCUCCAAACUCAAAGGCUGUGGGUGAUGGAUACGUCAAACCAGAGAUCAAGCAGGUGGUGAAGGUUGAUUUCUCGUCGCCAGAUCCUGAACCGUCUCCAGGGAUUUCCUCUUUUAUAGAGCAUGCAGCGUCACCCACCAUCAGUCAGCCGCAUAACUUCACAAUCUAUCCGUCUAUGAAUGACCCAAUGUUGGAGACGGAGGGGGAGUUUGAUCUGGAUGAGACCAUGGACAUGGCCCGUCAGGUCGAGGAGUUCCUGCGUCAGCCCAUGGAAACCCAAUGGAGUGGACAACAGUCGUGACCUUUGACCCCUCUCAUCGCAGCUACACAAAGAACUCAUUAUUUUUCUCUUAACAAAUGCUGUUCCUUGAAUGUUUAACUGCCUCUUGGUUCAUUUGUCAUCUUAAACAGCAGAGGAUGUGUACAGUACAGAACGAUUUGUGAAGUCAAUUCUCUGUCCGACGGGGUUUGAAUGAGUUACAUGAGCCUUCAUCUUUCAUUUCAUUCAAUGAAGACCAGUUUUAAGGACAUUCGAUGUUACCGGCACUAAGCUCCUCCCACCGGUUUCCAUUGGUUGAGAUAGAUGUUGAUGUUUUUAUCCAUUAAAAGCAGAGAGCAGUGUAUUAAAGUCACAGCACUGAUGCUGUUGACAAGAAGACAAACCCUUUCACACUAUCAGCCCAGUGGUAACAGUGACCAAGCAACUUAUCAAAAUACAGAGCUGCUACUGGCUAUAUCAAUCCAUUUAUCAGCAAUCCAGAUCUAAUGAGGCAAUGAAAAGGAUCAGAAAUAGAAAACGCUGUAACAACACAAAUCAUCAAACUAUUGUCUGAGAGAGAGCUGUUGUGCCACUGACUACAAAUACAUUGAUAUAAUUAAGCAGACGCUUUAUCCAAAGUGACCUACAGUUGUGACCUACAAAACUCUAUAUUACCGACAAAAAACUUUGCGAUAUGCAGAAUGUUAAUUGAUGUCAUCAGUCUGAAUCACAGGCGUAAUUUGCGGGUGGGACAUGUCCCCACCACUUUUUGGAAGAAAUGAAGAAAUGCUUGUGGAAGGUGUGUUUUGUUUAGGGCCCAUUAACAUCUCAAAAAAUUCAGGAUGAGCCGCUUUCUCACCAUCUCCCGCUGCUCACACUCAUAAGUUAUAUUUGCAGAAGAUGGAGAACCGCGGCCGUUACGAAAUGUGUGCAUCUUCCGCGUUCGCAGCGCUUACUUGUGCGUCCACUGUCAAAGCACAAAAACCUGUAAACCAACCAACAAGUGACAUUUAAGUAUAAUAUAAUAAACUGUUUUUAUUUGUAAUGCACCGCAACAGCCAAGUGACUUUCUCCAAAUGACCGUUUUGGGAACACUAACGACCACUAUAUAUGAUCAAUAUUCCCAACCAGUUAUUACAGAAACGAUUGAUUCAAUUAUUGUCCUCACCACUCUUCAAAACAAAGUUACGCCCCGGGUCUGAAUCGAGAUGCUCCUGCUUCUUUAGUAAAUCACAACAGCUCUUUCUCAUUUUAGGUAGCUCUGUGUGGGUGUGACCGCAGGGAUGUCAUCUGAUGCUGGAUCACCUGAUCUGGAGUGUCAAACUUUGUCUGUAGGCUGCUCUCGAAACGUACAUGUGGUAUAUUGAUGUCAUAAUGUGGAUCGUUUGUGACGUGUUACACACCCGCUCUCAUUUCAGGAUGAGUGCUGAACUCUUCUUUAGUCUGUAGUUCUGAUGUAAUAUUAUACCCAGGUCUGUUUAAAUACUGGAUUCUGAUUGGCUGGAAGGUGUGCAUUAAAUGUAGUUCCAGUCAGUUUGAUUACAUUUGAAAUUAACUGAGAAAAAUAACAUUUUAACCUGUCUGAUCAAAAAUUGCUCUGUAAACAUUAAAACAGCUUCAAAUUGUCAAUUAACCAUGGGAUAAACCGGAUAAUCCACAGCAAGCAAUGCGUUAUCCUUUACAUAUCGCACAGUAUAAUAUGAUGUCCUGACUGUGCUUUAUGGUGAGAUCAGUUAAAAUUUUCUAUUUAAAGGUUUGACAUUUAUUUUUCCAAACUGAAUCGCUGUGAUUUCAACAUGACAUCAGAGCAGCAGUGUAGCUGUUUUUAACGGCCUGAAUCAAACUAACAUUACAUGUGAUUUAUAUGUGAGGCAAUUCACAGCCCCCAGAAGAGUGAAUCAACAGAGAAAUACAUGACAGUAAUGCCUUCAAACUACUCUUUUGUUUUUUCUUUCAAAGUCUUUUAAUUCUCUGUUCCAUAAUGUGAAACAAAAGUGUAAAGUGGACUGCUAGUGUUGUUGCGCUGGCUUUAUUUGUGUUGUUUAAGGACGGAUGAUUUUCAGGACUGAAUCGCAAUGGAAGUGGGCAUUGACAGUGAGAUGUUUUCUCUGAAAGAGACAGUUACCACAGGAAAACUAUACGGUCCCACAAGGUGAAUUAUCUCAGCCUCUCUUCUCCUAUCUCUGCACAUUUGAAUUUGCUUUCAGCUUCGUGGAUGUUUAAAUGUACUCCAAAUUACUCCUACCGUCUGCUUUUUCGUAAUCAAAUGACUUUACUCGAAAUAGAAAUAAAUGACCACAUUAAUUUUUUAAUAUAAUUGUAAUGUUCCAGUCCAUUAAAAUAUGAGGAAUUCUCAAUCCAAGACGUUUCUUUAUAUUAUCCUUAAGAGAAAGAUCUCAGGAAUACAGCCUUAGAUCCAACCCUGAUCAAACUUGCACACCUGUGAUUUUCUAGCGAUACUGAACAGCUUGAUUAGCUUGCUCAGGUGUGUUUGAUCAGGGCUGGAGCAAAACUCUGCAGUACUCCGGCCCUCCAGGGUAAGAUUUGAAUAGCCCUCUUGUACAUUAUAAUGUAUGGGGGAAUAGGUAUCAUUAGAAGGAAGAAGUGUAAAAAGAUAUAUUAUUUCAAAUAUAGAUAUUAUCAUAAUACUGUUACAAAUGUCUUAUUCUACAAUUCUCUGACAUGUUUUCAAUGUGAAGUUGUUUUUUUAGUUGUUUCUUUUUUUCAAAAAAUUAUUUUUGUUUCUUUUUUUAUGUAUUUGUACUUGUGGUCUAUUUUAUUGUCUAACUUUUGUUGGAUUCGUUGGAGGUCUUUCCUUGUCAUUUUCAUAGUUGAUCAACAGCUUCUGUGUUUUGGGAGAUUAUGAAAAUGAAAAAAAUAAAGGUUUAUAAAUAUUUUAACAACAGAAUUGUCCUUUAGAAUUGCUUACAGUGCGUCCACAGUGACUGUACAAACUACAGCAUGUGAAGCGUUAUAUACGAUAGAUAGGUAAAAUAAGGGAUUUAGUGAUAACAUAAACACUUACAAAACAUCUUAUGACUACAACUGUGUUUUCUAACUGAAUGUUUUGACUUAAACUUUGCAUUACUGGCACUUCUGUUGAUUAUUAUUAAGAUAAAUCGAUCAAAUUGUAACUUUGAUUAUGAACACUUCCUAAAUGAAUGAAUGUAAAUGUCAUUUAAUAGGUUCUGUAUAAUAAUAAUGUUCUGUAUGCAGUGAAAACCUGGAUGAAAUGUGCUGGCCAGCGCGAGUUACUGAAAUGACAAAAUUCAGCCUGGCAAAGUAUUUCAAAAAUAAAAAAUGUCAUACAAUAA